AGACGACCGUCGCCCCUGAUUGGUUAUCAGCGCUCUCCUAAGAAACUUUCCCACGGCUCACGCGUGCUGACAGCCGGCCGGCCACGCCCUUCAGCUGCCCUACACAACACAAGCGCCGGCGGAACCGAGGGGCGGAGCUCCGGACUCACGGACGAACGUUCUAUUGGCCCUUGAUUAAGCUAUUCAAAUAGACAGGGCGGAGUAAAGAUGCGAUUCCGGUCACUCAAACUCAGACGCGUUCGAUAAUUGGCUGUCUCCGCGCCUAGCCCCGCCUCUCUUGGCUGGCUGUGGCGUUGAAAUGAUACCGUGGGAAAGCUUUUUGCUUCAUACGAAUGAACUUCAGUCUCACCUGACAAACGCACGCUGAGGAUAGAGACGCCUGAAGAUUGUCGCAAAAUGAAGAGAAAUCACGACUUUAGCUCGUCAGACAGCGAGCUUGACGAAAACAUUGAAGUGGAGAAGGAGAGUGCUGAUGAAAAUGCUGGUAUGAAUUCUCCUCUUGGAUCGAUAUCUCCAUCUACAACCUCUCAAGUACAAGCGAGGAAACGUCGCAGAGGAAUCAUUGAGAAACGGCGUAGAGACCGGAUCAAUAACAGUUUAUCUGAACUGCGCAGACUCGUGCCCAGCGCGUUUGAGAAACAGGGCUCUGCAAAAUUAGAAAAAGCGGAGAUUUUACAGAUGACAGUGGAUCAUUUAAAAAUGCUUCAUGCAGCUGGAGGGAAAGGUUUCUUCGAUGCUCAUGCGCUGGCCAUGGAUUACCGUGGGUUGGGUUUUCGUGAGUGCCUGGCAGAGACGGCUCGUUACCUCAGUAUCAUCGAAGGAUUGGACAACACCGACCCCCUCCGUAUCCGCUUGGUUUCACACCUGAACAGUUACGCCUCCCAGAGAGAAGCUCACUCCGGUUUGGGUCACCUGGCGUGGGGUUCUGCUUUCGGAACUCCGCCUGGCCACCUGGCUCACCACCUUCUCCUUCAACAGCAGGGGGCGCCACUCCCACGCAGCACCAGCAGUCCUCCAUCCUCGAAUUCAUCAUCGCCAUCUUCCUCGUCUCCAUCUGCCCCCUCCACAGAGCCGCACGUCCCCAGCAGGCUGACCGGCACGGUGAUUACGGAGGCAGGGCAGACGGGGCCACUGAGGGUGCCGCCCAGUACCUCUCUGCCUCCCGGGCUUACGCCAUCUUCAGCGUCCAAGCUAUCCCCUCCCCUCCUGACGUCACUUUCGGGCCUGUCGGCGUUCCCUUUCCCCCUGAGCGCAUUUCCUCUGCUGUCCCAGAGCUCGCUGGGUCCGGCGGCUCCCUCCAGCAGCCUGGGGAAGCCCUACAGGCCCUGGAGCAUGGAAAUAGGGGCCUUCUGAACUCUGCAAGAACAUAAGACUAUGGCCGGGCAGUCAUUUAGAAACUAACUGUAAUGUUCUUCUGUGACUAUUUCGAGAGGAUGGACUUUCUCCUUAUUGCAAGCUAAACAGAGCUGAUGUACUUGUUUUUAAAUAAGCUGUCUUUCAAUACAAUCCUGUCUUUAGUUGAUCUGAGAUGGGUUCUGAAGAUGGUCAGGUUUUAUUUGUAUAGUUCUUCCAUCAGAAGAGCAAGGUACUACACAGGUACCCUGCUGUUGAGGUUAGGAGAGGGACAUAGAAAUGCUGUAGAAACAGAGGGAGAGAGAGAACGGGAAAGAGAGAGCAAAAGCAAUGGUGAGAUGCGUUAGUGAAUAAAUGCGAAUUCAAUAAAACUUUUUUUAAAUUAAAUGGUAGAAAAGUUCUCAACUUUCUGGUCAUAGAAAUAAAUCAUUUGCAUCCCAAUCUUAAUAUCUACGAGACUUCUAGGCUUCACAAUAAAUGAACUUUUUGUUCUUCAAUGAAUGAGAUGUUUAGCAUCCCUACACAUUAUCUACAACUAUGCAACAAUGUUGUGUGACUUAUGCACUAUGCAAAUAUACAAUAACUAUGGAACAGAAUCUCUAUUCACUCUCCUUAUUGAACUUUAUGAGCAGCAAUAAUAGUACUUUAUUUUUUCUAAAGAUAUUGCCAUUUGGUCAGUGACCUGUAAGGUUUUCACUGUGUUUAUCUGUCAUGAAUUUGCUGUUUGCUGGGAAAUUUGAUCUUUAACCAUGACAAUCUAGAUACUUUUUCAGGAGUGACAAUCUCACAGAACUGCACUAAUUUAAUCAUAAUAAAAGUUUGUUAAUAAAAUCCCUGCAAACAUGUGCAUCUAUCUAUGGACUUAAAUCCUUAAAUCCUCUCUCUCUUACAUUUAUACAUUCGGCAGAUGCUUUCAUCCAAAGCAACUUACAGCACAAUGCUCUUAUGUUAUAUAUUUUAACAGUGUGUUGAAAAUCAAACCCAUUAUGUUGGUGUUGCUAACGCUACGCUCCUUUAACCGAACUGUAGUAAUGGUUAGGACUGGUGUGGUACUGCGUCUGUCCAUCACUAACCUGUAAUAAAAUCAUAUUUGUAGCUAAAAGUCA